AUGGUUGCUCAACUAUCUGAUGAAGAACCCGACUCAUCAGGCCAACUACAAGAAGAUACGCAGGAGGUGGGAACAAAUAUCGAUGAACUGCGAGAUACGGAGACCACUGAUUCAACCGUCACACCAUUAAGCGAACGACCUAUCACAGCCAUGCCUACAGUCACUCCUGGUAGUCCUUCUGUUGCUCCAACAACAGACAAACCCACAAGUAGAAGUCCCACCACAGCUUUGCCUACAGUCACUCCAGGUAGCCCUUCUCUGGCUCCGACAACAGAUAAACCGACAAGUACAAAUCCCUCAACAGCUUUGCCGACAGUCAUGCCCGGCAGUCCUUCUAUUGCUCCAACAACUGACAGACCCACAAGUGCCAGUCCCACCACGGAUUUGCCGACAGUCAUGCCCGGCAGUCCUUCUGUUGCCCCAACAACAACAGACAGACACACAAGUGCCAGUCCCACUACGGUUUUGCCUACGGUGACUCCUGGUAGUCCUUCUGUUGCUCCGACAACAGAUAGACCCACAAGCGCCAGCCCCACCACGGAUUUGCCCACUGUCACUCCUGGCAGUCCUUCAAUGACACCAACAACACCUAAACCGACAAGUGCAAGUCCCUCAACAGCUUUGCCGACAGUCAUCCCCGGCAGUCCUUCUGUUGCCCCAACAACAGAAAGACCCACAGGCGCUAGCCCCACCACGGAUUUGCCUACUGUCACUCCUGGCAGUCCUUCAAUGACACCAACAACAACCAAACUGACAAGUGCCAGUCCUACUACGGAUUUGCCGACAGUCAUGCCCGGCCGUCCUUCUGUUGCUCCAACAACAGAAAGACCCACAAGUGCCAGUCCCACCACGGGUUUGCCUACGGUCACUCCUGGCAGUCCUUCGAUGACACCAACAACAACCAAACCAACAAGUGCAAGUCCCUCAACAGCUUUGCCUAAAGUCACUCCUGGUAGCCCCUAUUCGGCUCAGAAUGCAGCAGCAGUCACAAACAUCAGUCCCAUUACAGCUUUUCCAACAGUAACUCGUGGUAGUCCCUCUGUUUAUCCAACAACAGAAACACCAACAACUACCAGUCCAACAACAGCUUUGCCUACAGUCUCACCUGGUAGUCCUUCUUCAGCUCCAACAACAGCCAAACCCACAAGUGCCAGUUCCCCCUCGGCUUUGCCAACUGUGACUCCAGGUAGUCCUUCUAUUGGUCCAACAACAGCGGGACCGACCAGUGUGAGGCCCACCUCAGCACUGCCUACUGUUACCCCUGGUCUUCGUGCUGAUGCUUCAAAAACAGCCAGCCCCACCACAGCUGUGCCCACAGUUGCUGCUGGUAGUCCUUCCAUUGCACCAACAACAGACCCACCCGCAAGUGCCAGUCCCACUACAGCAAUACCUACCAUCACCCCAGGCAGCCCUUCUGUUGCACCAACCACAUCCAUGCCCACGAGUGACAGCCAAACACCAAUUUUACCUACAAUUUCUCCAAGGAGUCCUUCUGUUGUUCCUACAACUGACAGGCCCACUACGAUAACUCCUACUGUCACUCCCGGUAGCCCUUCUCUUUUCCCCACAACUACCAGUCCCACCACGGCUUUGCCAACUAUCACUCCUGGAAGUCCUUCUUUGGCUCCAACAACAGCCAAACCGACAAGCGCCAGUCCCACCACAGCUUUGCCUAUGGUCGCUCCAGCUGAACCAACAGCUGAACCAACAGAACAACCAACAGAACAGCCAACACAAGAUCCCACAGUCACACAAACUGGAGUCCCCACAAUCCCGCAAACCGAAGUACCCACAUUUUCACCAUCGGUUAGCAAUUUCCCAUCAGCCUGUACUCUUGAGGAAACAGCAAACAUAAUCGGGAUGGAUUUCGAAGGCGACAUCUCACUUAUCUCUGAUGAAGAGUUCAUCUUGGCUUUUGAACUUGCGAUUGCAUCGCAGCCAGAUGAUGACACCUUCUGUGCAUCAUCAGUCAAUAGUGUUUCCCUUGACUAUCGUACUGCUAGGAACCGCAAGCUGGAGCAUUCACACUCUACCAGUGCGACAAAAGUGAAGACCCGCCAGCAGAAGGUCUCUCAGUCAACCGGAGCACGAGUGCUGCAAACUAACGAUUUCUAUGGUGGCGAUGACUUUUCAACGAUGACGAUUUCUUCUAUUAUGAUGAUUUCUUCUAUGAUGACAAUCUCAUCAUUGUUUACAACUAUAUUGAAUUCCUGGUUGUUGCAGAACAAGACGUAG